UGGCGGCUCACACCGGUGAAUCUGUUGAUGGACAUUCACUGAACGAACCAAUCAGAAGGCAGAACGCCACCGCGUGCGUAAUUUGAACUGCGGGGAUUUGAUCAGAGCGAACCGAGACCCGAACGGAGAGGACGGUUUCACGGAGGGUCUACGCGGAGCGACAUGAGGAGAAGUGAGCUGCUGGCCGCCGAAGCUGAGGCCUGCCUGAACACGGCACUGAGCCGCCUGAAGGACAUCUGGGAGGAAAUCGGCAUUCCGGAGGAGCAACGGCUCCAACGGACCUCCAUGGUCAAGAACCACAUAAAGAACCUGCUGGAGAUGAUGAUCGAGGAAGAGGAGGCUCUGAGGAAGAGGCUCAUGCACAGUAUUCACAAAUGCAGAGCAGAGAUGCAGCGGCUCUGCCUGGAGCUGCAGCUGCCUGUUUUUCAGGAGGAAGAAAGCCUCAGCAUCCUCCAGCAGGAAAAGAACAUCCGCAUCGAGGUGGAAGCCCUGAUGAAGGAGAGGGGUCAACGGAUGCAACAGCUCCAGGAUCUGCUGGACCAGGAACAGGACUUAUGCCAUACUCUAGACUGCAAACCCUUUGGCCUUACUGCAGAUGCCGUUCCCUCACAGGAGCAGUUGCAGAGCUUUAAACACUACAUCAGCCACCAAAAUGCAGAAAAGGCCCAACGCCAUGCCGAGUUCAGAGAGCUGAAGAAGAGAGUCAUCCUGUGUAUGGAGGAGCUGGACCACAUCCCAGAGUCCAGCUUUGAGAAGGACGUGGUCUAUGAAGACCAGGACUCCUUCUGCCUGUCCAAAGACAACGCCGCAUCCCUGAGGCUGCUGCUCCACCAGCUGGAGGAGCGCAGGGGGGAGCAGGAGGGGAGGUGCCAGGCUCACAGGGCGAAGAUCGGGCAGCUGUGGGAGCUCCUGCAGGUUUCUACGGGGGACCGCGAGGCCCUCAGCGAGCACAUGGUCGCGUCCAGGAGGAGAAACCUGGAGGCACUACAAGCAGAAGAGCACCGUCUGGAGGAACUCAAGCUGCUCAACAUCCGCGGCGUCACCGACGCUCUCCGCUCCCAGAUCCUGGCGCUCUGGGAGAAGUGCUUCUACAGCAGCGAGCAGCGACAGGACUUCCCAGCCUUCUUCAGGGUGGACUUUGACGAGGACCUGCUUGCUCUGCAUGAGGCUGAACUGCACCGCCUGAAGCUGCACUACGAGAAACACCAGGAGCUUUACAGCGGAGUCCACAGGUGGAGGGAAAGCUGGAGGCUUUUGCAGGAGCUGGAGAAAAAAGCUGCAGAUCCGUCAAGGUUCACCAACAGAGGAGGAAACCUGCUGAAGGAGGAGAAACUACGCCGUGAGCUGCAGAAGAAUCUGCCAAAGCUGGAGAAGAAGCUGAAGGUCCAGAUCCAGUCCUGGGAGAGCGAGCAGCACUGCAGCUUCCUGGUCAAUGGACAGAAGUUCAUGCAGUUUGUGGAGGAGCAGUGGGAGCUGCACCGCGCCCAGAAGGAGAAGGAGAGACUGGAGCGGCUCUGGAAGAAGAGCCAGCAGCUGGAGGAGGACAUGCGCUACGGCACUACAGUACAAUCUCCAAUCCAACACAGGUUCCUUGGCCAGACUACCCCCAAAAAAGCUAAACAAAUGUUCAAUGCCACCUCCAGCACUUCCUGUGGCAGCAGCCAGCGCCUCCUCUACAGUGGGUGUCGCUCUCCUGGGCCCAUCCCCACUCUCUCAGCUACAAAGGCUCCCACGGUGCAGACCCUAGGUGGAUUUAAGCCCCCACACCCAGGAUUUGGUGGAUACAACAAGGAGAACAAAGGCCAGCCUAAUGGGACUCCCCCCUGCACGCAGCGUAACGUCAGCAUGGCUUCUAUUGCCAGCACAUAUUCCGAGUUUGUGAAGGACUUGAAGAGCACCGAGCCACUAAAGUCCAGCGAGACCUGUCCAUGGCUUCCAACUCCAAGAUCCAGCACAGAGUCCUGAACGCUACAGCUACCAACCUCUAGCUGCCUUCUGAGUCUGCUCUCUGCUGCCACCUGCUGGAAGUGGUCACUCAGGCUUUGAAGGAAACAUUAGUUGACUGACAACAGUUUGUCUUUGGUUCCUGCAGUUGCUUUGUACAGGGAAUUUCCACGUUGUGAAUGAAGAUGACGCUAUUCGCCUUUUC